AGAGCCGUGCUGGCUGAGCAGCCGCUGAUGCGGCCCAGAUGCACCCGCAUCUCAGGCAUGGCCAUCCGGCUGUGCUGGGCUCGAACCGGCUGCUCUGGAAGCGUUUCCCGCACACCGGAGGGCGCCUCUACAUCUGGCUGCCCUGGCCCCAGGGCAGGCUCUGCUGGCUCGGGGUCACCGCGGUUGGCCUGCUGAUCGUGGCCGACGCGGUGUGUGUUCUGACGUGGUUCCAGGAGAGGGGGCUGGAGAGCAGGAUCGAGGCCGACGACCAGCGCAGCUGCCCGAGCCCGAGCUCGGUGGCGCGCGACCGCGACUCCCCGCGAAAGGCCCUCUCUGACGCCCCGUCGCGCGGCGGCCGCGCGUUCCUGCUGGAGCGGCUGAGCGUGCGGCUGGUGCUGGAUCCGGACGCCGGUGCCGCCGGAGCUCUCCAGGCGGGCCAGCGCACCUGGCGGCGGGUGCGCGCCAGCUUCGAGGACGCCCCGGGCGACCUGGCGCCCUGCCCUUCGCUGGCCUCUUCCCUGACCUUGUGGGCCGCCAUCGUCGCCGCAGGCGAUGAGCAGGACGAGCAGCUGGUGGAGCGUGCGGACGUCGAGCCCGAGGACGCCGAGUGCGCGUGGCGCGUCUCCUUCACUCCGCGCGAGUCCCGCGCCUACGACUUGCACGUGCGCGCGCUCUGGGUAAACGCCACCGCCGAGCCGGCCUACGGCACGUGCGACGACGUCGCCGGCAAAGGAGGAGGUGAACCUCACGGGCUCGCCCCAGCCGGUGAAGUUCUGUUGCGACCUCUGCGCGGGCGACGAACGCUGCCACGCCUGGAGCCUGCAGCAGCCGCCGGGGGGCGGCGCCGCAUGCACGCUGCUGGGGCCCGGCAGCAGCAGGGCGCCAGGGAACUGCACGUCCGGCGUCCCGCGGAGCGACGCAGACUCGUGGAGACUUGUCUCCCCUCCUCGGUACCUCGGCGGCUGGAGCAUCCUGCAGACGUCCGUCAAGGACGAGCUGCGCCACGCGCAGUCCCACCCUUCUGGGGCAGCCCCGCGGCCCUGGGCACCCCGCGGCCCGCCGAGGGCGGCGGGCCUGCGGGGGCCGAGGCCGCCUGCGGCGCCGGCGGCCCGGGGCCCGGCGCGUGCGAGUACGGCAGGCGCCCCGGGCGGUGGCGCUUCGCCGGCCGCGCGCCCAACUGGACGGCCGACUGGGAGCCCGAUGCGGGCAAGCUCCCAGCGUACACGCGGGAUGAAGUUGGGCGCUGUUGGCAGAGUCGGGGAAUCACCAAGAUAGCCAUGACAGGGGAUUCGCUCAUUCGCGAGCAGUUCAAUGGCCUCCGGUCCUAUGUGGAGGAAAACUUCGAAGUGAAGAAGGUUAGCAAUGCACAUUUCUGGUGGCGACGCCCUGAUGGCGUGGACGUGAGCGUUGAAUUCAUCGAUUUCUUUUCAUUCUUUCGCGAAAUUAGUAUGCUUCAGUACGGGGGUCGGCGGAUUCUUGGCGACGGAAGAUUUCGUUUACCAUCAACGACGCGCUCAACGCGCAGGUGUUGAUUACAAACUUCAACGCAGUCUGGCAGUUGUGGUUUGAGUCGGAUUGCGUCAUCGAGCGGCGGCUUCAUCGAUUCGUGGACGCGGUGCAAGCUUUAGCGCAGAAGUCUCAGCAGCGUGUGUUUAUCUCGGGGGUGUACACACACAGUCUGAGGCAGAGCUAUAUAUCCAACGGAUUCCCCCCGCGCAUGGAGCGCCUGAACGGGCUGGCGCAGCGGCUGCUCGGCUCGGCUGGUUUCCAGACCCUCGACGCCUACAACACCUCCAAGCUUGCCGGCAACGUCUCCGCAGACGGUAUGCACCUGCACGGUCCCGUUGCGCCGGUCCUGACUCGAGUGCUGAUCGGCAUGUUGUGCGACGGCGGCAGCGCGGAGUAGAGGUGGGAAGACGUGGGCGUCUCUAUUCCCCGCCGUGUCCUCAUGGCGCAGAUCCGCCUGGCUGCCAGUCUGCGGCAUGGAGGCCCCGCUCUGGCUUCCCAGCGUUACUGCGAAGUUUUGCCCACGGACACCAACAAGACGUGGUCACGUAGUCCUGCGGCUCCAAGCGCUGUUGAAUGCGAGGUUUGUCCGGCUGAUGACAACCGGAGUGAGAGCGGGAACAGAUGAGCUCUAUUAGUUCCUCC